AUGGCUCUCACACAUGGGCACGGAGGGGGCUCCCCGCCGGCGGAGCAGCAGCCCGUGGUCGUGAUCAACAACCCCCUCUGGGAAGGAAUGGCGCCGCCUCCUCUCGGAGGAGGAGAGGAAGGCCGUAGGAUUUAUCAGGGGUUGGCGUUUCUCCUGAUUACCGUGACGUUUGCUCUGCUCGUGGUUCAGCCGCCGCAGCCGGUGGGCAGCCAGCUGCUCUUCGAGUGCUACGCGGCCUCCAUCUUCGUCACCUUCUACACUGGCAUGGUCCUCCUCUUCUCUUCGAUUGCUGCAAAUACAGGGCGAGCUCUCCCCCACUGA